AUGAUAAAUGGUGAACAUGUACCAGGAGUAAUCUCAGAGGAAGAUGAUAAUAAAAUAUCUACGUCUAGUAAAUUUAAUCAAAAAAGAAUAGAUCAAAAAACAGAAUUAAUAAAACGUGAAGCAGAUAUACGUACGAAACGCAUACCUCAUCAAACAGAUCCAUCUUAUCCAGAUGAUGUUGGUGGAUUUGUUAAUACUUCAUUUUAUCCUGAUAUUGAUGGAUCUAGUUCGUUGAAUAAUUCAAAUUAUUCAUCAUCAAUACCAAAUCAUCCAUUUUAUCCGAUUCGUUGGAAAAAUAAUAAUGUACUAAUAUUAAUAAAAGAUAAAUUGACUGUAUCUCAUCCAUCUGCAAGUACAUCGAUACAAACAAGAACAAUAAAUGCUUCAAGAGGAAAAAUGCAAAUUUUAUCUGAUGCUACUAUUACACAUAGUAAUGAUGAUGAUUAUGAAAAGAAUGAUUCCGAUGGUGAUACUGAAAUCACAGUUGUUAAACCUUUAACACCAACUUUAUAUCAUAAUAAUGAGCCAUCAUCAUUAAAACAAUAUACCAAUAAUGAUGAUGAUGAUAAUAGUAAUAAUAAUAAUAAUUCAAAUAGUUCAACAUUAACACUUGCAUGGCGUCCAAUAUUUGAAAUGAUUGCAGAAGAUUUGGAUAAAUUUGUUUAUACACCAGCACCAAAUGGUCUUGGUGAUAUUCAAUGUCAUAUAACACGUGAUAAACGAGGAAUGGAAAAAGGUCUUUUUCCAAUUUAUUAUAUGCAUGCUGAAAGACCUGGUGAUGGUAAAAAAUUUUUUAUACUUGCUGGACGUAAACGUCGACGUAGUACAACAUCAAAUUAUUUGAUAUCAACAGAUCCAACAGAUUUAUCACGUGAUGGAGAAAAAUUUAUUGGAAAAUUAAGAGCAAAUAUGUUAGGUACAAAUUUUACUGUUUAUGAUCAAGGUUCAAAUCCGAAAAAGAAUAUUCCAAUUGAACAACAACGACAAGAAUUAGCUGCAAUUGCUUAUGAAACAAACAUAUUAGGAUUUAAAGGUCCACGUCGUAUGACAAUUAUUAUACCUGGUAUGAGUAGUGAUCAUCAUCGAGUUGAAGUUCGACCAAAAACUGAUUCGGAAAGUUUAGUUGAACGAUGGAAACAUAAUGAUAUGAAUAAUUUACUUGAAUUACAUAAUAAAACACCUGUUUGGCAUCAAGAAACACAAUCAUAUGUUCUUAAUUUUCAUGGACGUGUAACUCAAGCAUCAGUAAAAAAUUUUCAAAUUGUACAUGAUGAUGAUCAAGAUUAUGUAUGCAUGCAAUUUGGUCGAGUUAGUGAUGAUGUUUUCACAUGCGAUUUCAAAUAUCCAUUAUGUGCUGUUCAAGCAUUUGGUAUUGCACUAUCAUCUUUUGAUGGAAAAUUAGCUUGCGAAUGA